UGCCGCGCAGUGUGCGAAUCACUUUCCCCCCGGAGGCACGGCCGCUCAGCGGCGCGCCCGGUCCACUAUGGGGGGCUCCCACGCCCCCAGCACCUCCGGCAUCGUCACGGCCAAGCCCGGCUCGCCGGUGGCCGGCGGGAACGGCGGUGCUGCUUCCUCCUCCUCGUCGUCGGGGGCCCGGCCAGCCUACGGCGGCUGCAAGAACGGGGCCCUGAUGGACAGCUUCGGCAUCUUCCUUCAGGGGCUGCUCGGGGUGGUGGCCUUCAGCACUCUCAUGCUGAAACGCUUCAGAGAACCAAAGCAUGAAAGACGGCCUUGGAGGAUAUGGUUUUUGGAUACUUCAAAACAAGCCAUAGGGAUGUUGUUCAUCCACUUUGCCAAUGUGUAUUUAUCAGAUCUUACUGGAGAGGACCCUUGUUCACUGUACCUCAUCAACUUUCUGUUAGAUGCCACUUUAGGAAUGCUGCUAAUUUAUGCUGGUGUGCGGGCAGUAAGUAGCAUUGUUGAAUGGCGGCAAUGGGAGUCUCUUCGCUUUGGUGAAUAUGGUGACCCGCUGCAGUGCGGUGCUUGGGUGGGCCAGUGUGCAUUGUACAUAGUGAUCAUGAUGUUUGAGAAAACAAUCAUCAUUGUAGUCCUCCUAAUACCUCAAUGGAAAGAGGUAGCUUUGUUGAAUCCUAUAGAGAACCCUGAGUUGGAGCUAGCUAUUGUCAUGCUGAUAGUCCCCUUCUUUGUAAAUGCAUUAAUGUUCUGGGUAGUUGAUAAUUUCCUUAUGAAGAAAGGGAAGACGAAAGCUAAGCUUGAAGAGAAAGAAGGAGGACUAGAUUCAAGGAAUGGAAGCAAAGUUCGGUACAGGAGAGCAGCCUCACAUGAGGAAUCUGAGUCAGAGAUCCUUAUUUCAGCAGAUGAUGAAAUGGAAGAGUCUGAUGUUGAAGAAGAUCUUCGAAGACUUACGAAUUUAAAGUCUAUUAAGAAAAAGAAGCAUCGAUUUGGUCUGCCUGUAUGACAGAUUCUGUAGCCUGUAAAAUUGCAGGUUUUUAUGACAGGAUUUUCCAUGGUCAGUGGAUUUUCACUUUGCAUCAAUAUGCCUAUUGCCUGGAAACUGAUUCAAGAAAGAUCUGUAAACAGAAUGCAGAAGGUUAAACAAUGUACCUGUUCAGUUGCACUAUGGAAACACUGACCAAAUAUGCAAGUCUUACCAGGUGUGGGAAAAUACUGGGCAACAAUGGGAUUUGGAUAUGACCGUUCAGAAGAAACCAUGGAACAUCACCGUUUCAGCCCUGGCUCCUGAAUCAGGCAGUUAAAGAGAUUUGGAAAGAGACAUCAGGAUUAACAAAAUUUGAAUCAGUAUGUUUUAUUACUAAAACUGGCUUUUUGCAACUUAUUCCUAGAACAGAAUAGUUUUAU